AAUGGGAAAAUGAAGCCAGACUGGCUGCCUUGUCGCUGAUGGGCACUGUUUUACUCCACUUUCGUGUCUGCGGAAAAACAGUUACGCGUGAGGGAUGUCAGGUCACUUGCCUGAGUUUAUUGCAACCCUGUGUGAGCAUCUGCGGUCAGCCAUAUUUCUUGGAGGCAAAUCGAAGUGGCUUAGGCUUGCGCGGAAACCUUUCUUUCACCAUCUCAUUUAUGGGCACUCUGCUGUUACUAUUGCCCCAUUGGUCCAGAUGAAGCAUCAAUGGUUGCCAUUUUGGUCUCGGGCGGCCCGGAUAAGGGAGGAGGAGUGUGCGGAGUGGAGGAGGGGCAACUGCACGGAAGUGACGCAGCGCCGCCAUGCCUUUUGAGGGCGGCGACGGCGCCGGGCCGGCCAUGCUGGCUACGGGCACGGCGCGGAUGGCGUCAGGGCGUCCAGAGGAGCUGUGGGAGGCCGUGGUAGGGGCUGCUGAGCGCUUCCGGGCGCGGACAGGCACAGAACUGGUGCUGCUGACUGCUGCGCCACCACCCCGCCCAGGGCCCUGUGCCUACGCAGCCCAUGGACGUGGGGCCCUGGCUGAGGCUGCCCGCCGCUGCCUCCACGACAUUGCCCAGGCCCAUAGGGCAGCUGCUGCUGCCCGGCCACCUGGCCCCCCACCAGAACCACAACCACCCAGCCCUGCUCCAAGCCCACUCCAGCCUGUCCUGGCCAGGGAGGAUGAGGAGGAGGAUGAGGAUGAGCCAACAGAGACAGAAACCUCUGGGGAGCGUCUGGGUGGCAGCGAUAACGGAGGGCUCUUUGUGAUGGAUGAGGAUGCCACCCUCCAGGACCUGCCCCCCUUCUGCGAGUCAGACCCUGAGAGCACAGAUGAUGGCAGCCUGAGCGAGGAAACCCCAGCUGGCCCCCCAGCCUACUCAGUGCCCCCAGCCUCAGCACUGCCCACACAGCAGUAUGCCCGGUCUCUGCCCGUGUCGGUGCCUGUAUGGGCCUUCAAGGAGAAGAGGACAGAGGCGCGGUCGUCAGAUGAGGAGAAUGGGCCGCCCUCGUCGCCGGACCUCGACCGCAUCGCGGCGAGCAUGCGCGCGUUGGUGCUGCGGGAGGCCGAGGACACCCAGGUCUUCGGGGACCUGCCGCGACCCCGGCUCAACACCAGCGACUUCCAGAAGCUGAAGCGGAAAUACUGAGGCAGACGGAGGAAGCUGUCGGGGCCCGCGUCUGCUCCGCCCACACUACACCCCCGCCGCGCCCCCGGGUCUGGCCAAUCCCCGCCCGAGCUGGGACGGCCUCCCCGCGAAUCCGCGGCCCCAGGACUGACCCGCCCAGCCAAUUCCCGUCGCCCUUGCAGCCCUCCACCUCCGCACGCAGGAGCGGGAUCCCGCCAGUCUCCGCAAGGGGUCUGUCGCCCAUUUCUUUGCCCAGCGACAGGUUCUUUGCUUCGCUCCGCCGUCGGGGGCGUGGCGGUCCCUAAACCCUUCCCGGGUCAGCUCUGCCUAAGCGACAGUGGUUUCGCUCUGGCGGCACUGACCGACCCUGAAGGAGCACAGCCAAGCCCAGGAUUUGGGGAGUGGCAGACGAGCCUGGUGAACGGGCAGCUCUUUCUUUGAUCGGCUCGAGUCUUGUCGCGGGCUCGGUCAGUCUCCCGAGGUCCGCCCCCGCCCUUCCUGAGUUCUCCCACCUAAUUUGGCUCCGGCCCCUCGGGCGCCCAGAACUGACCUGCGGCUUUCAAUUUAUGGCUUUACACUACUGGGGUUGGGGUCGUUUUUGCCCCUAGUCCUGACAAUUGUGACCCUGGCCACCUCAGGGAUGGCCCAAUCCUGUCCCUGAGUCUGAUACCCCACUUCAUUGAUUCCAUCCCACAAAACCCUGCCAAUCGAAGCCCGUCCUCGCAUCCAGGACGGAACCAGCUCCCGUUCCUCUUCCCCCACCCCCACAGGUGCCUUAAAGUGGCCCUCGUCCACCAGAGGUGGAGGGCAGGGGGCCUCACUCUCCGGCCCUGGUGUGGGGGAGAGAGUUGGGGGGGGUCGGAAAUUAGGGGGGCUCUGAG